AGGAAAUCACUCGUUUUCGUGGAAAUGGGUACAGAAAGAGUGAACAACGAUCCACAGGGGUCACUGGAACAGUUGAAGGUUGUGGGUCGUAAGUAUAUGGAGAGUUUGAAUAUUUCAAGCUCCAGACAACACCAAAUAGCCGCACAGUCGCUUACUUCUACACUUUCUAAUAUUGCAGAAAUUCCUGACCAGAUAAGAAAGCCAUUGAUUCGAAUAACAAUCCUAACAUGUUUUACUCGGCUUACAAAUCGACAUUCACAAACUUCAUUAUAUCUCGUUAUAUCAGCUCUUGUGCGUGAAGAUCCAGUAACUUCUAUGAAACACCUUGCAGAAGCGUAUACAUCAUUCUUCGAAUCUCAUAUAAUACCUUCAAAAUGGUUAACUACGAAUUCAGUUCUAGCUAUCAGAUGGUUGUUUGGUCUCCGUAAUUUGAUAGAUUUGAAAAACGCCAAUGUCUUCAGUAGUUAUAUGUCAGCACUGUUGUCAGGAGCGUUACAUGCUUGUGCCAGUAAAAAAUUUGUAAAGAUUCAAGGUAAUAUGAAAACUAUCUUUAAUAAUGCCUUGCUGAAAACAACCUUGGAAUGGAUUCGGAAUCAUUAUGCAGCUCAGUCGUCUUCUGGAAUUGCUAGCUCCAAAAUAUUUAAGCGGAUGAAUUUGGUAGUGUUCCGGGAUGAAAUCAUGGCAGUUGUUAAAAAGUCCAUGUUACGCAGUCCUGAGAUCGCGAUUUUCGGGAUAUUAUAUCUUCUAGAAUCGAUAACAAUUGAUUUGUCAUCUUUUGCAGUUGAGUUCUAUAAAAUUCUCUCUGCAUCGUUAAUUUCAUCGAUCGAUGAAGUUCGUGGUCAUACUUCAUUAUCUGUUGCCAUGAUAGCAAAGAAAAUAACUGAUCCUAAAGCUUUGAAAGGAUUGAUUGAUGGAAUUUUUGGAACUUAUUCAGGAUCUGAUGGGAGAAUGGCUACUGUUGGGCAGCGCAUCACUGUCUUGGAAACCCUGAAAUUGAUGAGCUGUCAUGGAGUAAAGGAUAAAGCUGAAUGCGACAUUAUUGCUUCGAACAUCUUGCAGAGACUGAGCUCAUUGUUGAUUUCUGAAGUCCAUCAGACUGCUUUGGAAGCUAUGUGGAAAGCGGUUUUAGCAUGGUCAGCACAGAUUACAAAUGUGGAGGAGAAGUUGCAACCGGUUUUCAUGACCUCCCUAAAGUCACCAAACCGUUCAUUAACAUUGAGAAGCAUGGUCACUGUAUAUGAUACCGAUAAUGGCAAAAUGAAAUUGAGCAACGAUUUACUGAAGACAGUUUUCGAUAUCUAUAAAAUACGCUCAAAUGUUGGGGAUUUUAUAGUUACAUCUUUAUUGCUUCUAACUGAUGAAAAAUUUCGGGAAAAUAUUCGACAAACAUUAGAAAAUGAUUUCUUCAAAGAGAAAUUUAUCGCUUCUUUGAACACGUCUGAUAUCUUAUAUGUAGCAAAAUUGUCGUACUGGAUGAUCAGGAAUACAGAAACCAAGAAUUGGAGUACUAUGCGAAAUGUAUUUUUUUCUUUAUUCACGAGUCUAUUUUGGCCAGAUUAUGAAGUACGAAAAAAUGCAAACGACAUUAUCAGGAAAUGUGUUGUCAAUAAAGGCAACACAUUUUGUGCUGCUUUCUUAAAUUUCUUAUUUCCCUAUGUGACUUCGGAUCUUGCGCAAGAGGUUUAUAAAAAGAUGGCAAUAAUACAAUGUGAAAAAAAUGAGCGAGUUCUUGAUAGCAAAUUGAUAGCUGCAGCAGUGCAUGAAGUUAUGAUUCCUUUCAAUGCAGCAGAAGAAAAUUUUGAUUUGGGCAUCAGUGUCCUCACAUCCGGACUUUUAAUAUCAUGCAGUUUACAAAUGGUAAAAACUGAUCCUUGUUGUUGGAAUCGUUGGGUACGCUCAAUAACUAAUGUGGAACGUUUGCUUGGUGAAGGUGGUCGCGUGAUAAUGGAUCGCAUAUUCUCUACAAACGAUACGGUGAUUCAAUGUAACGCAAUUCGAAUGUUGAUGUCAGGUGGCGGAGUGACACAACACAUUCGUGGUAUAGUCUGGGCGUAUUGCACUGACCUGUUGAAUGAAAUCGACAUUGAUCGGUAUGUUUCAAUAACGCAUCGGGAAGUUGCAAUCUAUAAUACAUCCGAUGGUGUGCUAUAUAAUACGGCUGUUUUGGAAUUAAGUUAUGAAGAAGAAUUUGGUGCCAAAAAUGUGAAAAGAGAAAAUAAGACUUACAAAUACAAGGAACAAUUGUUAGAAGCACAGUUGAAAAAAGAACUUGCUGAAAAAAAACGUCAAGAAGGCAAAUUGAUGCCCCAGCAAGAGAAAGCAAAAAGAGAAGAGUUACUUGCUGAAAAGAAAGUCAGAGAAGAACUGCGUGACUUGUAUUUGAAAUGUAAGGAACGCACUGAAUUGCUAACAGCAGCUGUCACUAGUGAUCCAAUUGGUUCAGGGAAAUAUGUCCAUUUACUGAUUACGGUUGUUAUUCCGUUAUUAAGAUCUCCUCUUGUAUCACCUCUGGCUUAUAAUGUUUUUCGCAGUUUUCGUAAUGCAGCUUUCGAGCCAUCUGAAGAUUAUUUACACGAACUCAUAUUACAUUCAUCAGUACGCGUGUUACGCUCAAUUUACACGGAUGCAGCAUGGAGCCAGGAGUCACUUACUGUUCAAGUAGAAAGGGCAGUUGCAUUGCUAGCGACUCGAUGUGUUUUGGUACCGAUUCUACUUGACGAUGAAGAGCAUGGUGUUGAAGAGAUAUUGGGUACUGAUGAUGAAGAAACGAUGAAUCUCCUCAAAUUCAAUGUUUCUUUUCCACUGAUAAAUGCGGUACUAAGGGAUGAAUCUUUCCCUUAUGCGUUGCGGCUAAAUACCAUGCGAUUACUGUCUUCUGCGUUAAAAGGCAACUUCAUCGAAGAUAACCAGGUGAAGUAUCUUCCCUUGAAUUGGCUGUGUUCACUUCUGCUUCAUGUCAUAGCGACAGACACUUCGGAAUUAUAUCACAUUGCGAAAAUAUUACUUCAGACUUUUUGUGAACUAUUAAAUAAAUGCUCACAAAGAGGUUUGCAGCAAGCGACAAUACUUGAACCUAUCAUGCAGUGUUUGCUGGAUGAGAGUGCUCAGUUAAGAGAAUGUGCUCUUAUGGCACUUAGUCGACCUCAUGAACUUUACAACGACCUGAAAUUAACUCGAGAUGGUGCACAGUUUAUGGCAAUGUUCACAAGUCGUAUAUUUAUUGCUCGAAGCGAUCCGGUGAAAAAAUGUGUUGAUUUGGCUGACAAAAUUUGGCGAGAUGAAAAGCUCUCUACCACUACGGACUUAUUUGGCAAUAUUUUGAAUAGCGUAACUUCGGAACAUAUCUUCCUGAGAAAAUCCGCAUCCGUUGCUCUAGGAAAAUUAUAUGAAGAGUUUCCGGAGAUUCUGCAGCCAGCACUGGAUAAACUUGAUUUAUUAUAUUCAGAUUACCGAAAAAUCCGACCGCCUGUUUGUGACGAUAUUGGACGAGUAAUCGCAGGUCCUGUAGAUCUGUGGAAAAAUCGAGCAGGUAUUGCAGAAGCUCUGCUUGUCAUUGCUCCUAAUCUUCCUCAUCAGCUGGUGAUGAAUUUUAUCAAAAUCAUAGUCCCCAGUGGAAUCAGUGAUUCUAGUCCAGAAUGUCGAGAACUAAUGCAGAAUGCUGGAAUUGAAGCUAUCAAAAUGCAUGGAGAGUUUGAAAUGACAUCACUUUUACCAUUUCUCGAAGAAAUGUUAAGUUCAACGCCAGAUGGUAAAGAUUUUGACAAUUUGCGCCAAGGUUUGGUUAUUAUGUUGGGCACGUUAGCACAACAUUUAGAUCCGGCAAACGAAAAAGUGCGCAUCAUAGCAUCACGUUUAAUCGAAACACUGUCGACGCCAUCACAGCAGGUGCAAGAAGCGGUGUCCAAGUGCUUGCCGGCCCUAGUUCCAGCAAUUAAAGAUCGUGCCAAGGAACUUGUUUCCACAUUGUCGUGUCUCCUUGUUGAAGCUGAUUCGUACGGCGAACGACGAGGAGCAGCAUACGGAAUUGCUGGACUUGUUAAAGGCCUCGGAAUGUCUGCAAUGCGUGAACUAGAACUGAUAAAAUUUCUGCAAAAUUCAUUGGCCAAUAAGAAAAAUGCCUGUCAUCGUGAGGGUGCUCUCUUAACUCUUGAAAUUCUUUGCGGCUCGAUGGGUAAAUUGUUUGAGCCUUACAUUGUACAACUUUUACCAUCACUGUUAAUUUGUUUCGGUGAUUCCGACGAUAACGUUCGUCAUGCAGCGAGCGACGCAGCACACUCUAUGAUGUCUAUGCUUUCAGCCCACGGCGUUAAACUGGUGUUGCCGUCACUUCUAGCUGCAUUGGACGAAGACUCAUGGCGUACGAAAUGUGCUUCUGUGGAACUUCUGGGGUCAAUGGCAUUCUGUGCUCCGAAACAACUUUCAUCUUGCUUGCCAAGCAUCGUUCCUAAACUUAUUGAGGUGCUGACAGACUCACACUCAAAAGUGCAGAAAUCCGGAGAAAAAGCCCUAAAACAGAUAGCCAAAGUUAUCCGUAAUCCAGAAAUUCUCAGUAUAAGCAAUCAGUUGUUAACCGGUUUGACUGAUCCGGCUAGCAAAACAUCCUCCUGUUUACAAACGGUAGUCAAUACGAAGUUCAUACAUUACAUUGAUGCUGCUUCACUUUCUUUGAUAAUGCCUAUUGUUCGUCGCGCAUUCACUGAUCGAGCUUCUGAAACGCGUCGUAUGGCUGCUCAAAUAAUCGCGAACAUCUAUUCUUUAGCGGAUAAUAAGGAUAUGGAACCGUAUCUUGCUGGUCUAUUGCCGGGAUUACAGAAAUCAUUGUUGGAUCCUAUCCCAGAAAUACGUACUGUUGCUGCAAAGGCUCUUGGUGCAAUUAUUGGAUAUUCUGUUGGAGAUACUGCAUCAAAAAUGCGUGAGCAACUUAUACCGUGGCUCAAGGAGAAGCUUGUUUCGAAUACAAAUGCCGUCGAUCGAUCGGGUGCUGCGCAAGGACUUGCAGAGGUUCUUAAAGCAGUGGGUGAGAAUCAGUUAGCAAUGGUUAUGCCUGAUAUAAUAAAAACAACAGAAUCGAAAGAAGCAACACCAGAAAUACGCGAUGGUUAUAUAUUGAUGUAUAUUUAUUUGCCUAUGGCAUUUGGAGACCAUUUUGUCCCGUAUUUACCUGAGGUCAUACCAAGCAUACUAAAAGCUCUAGCAGAUGAGAACGAAUAUGUACGAGACAGUGCAUUGAAAGCAGGUCAGCGUUUAAUUGUGACGUACUGCGUGCAUGCUAGACGACUUUUAUUGCCUCAGUUGCAAGCUGCUUUGUUUGAUGACAAUUGGCGAAUUCGAUUUGCAGCUGUUACACUGAUUGGCGAUUUCUUAUUCAGCAUAUCAGGUGUUAGCGGGAAAAUGACGUCAGCAACAUUAAACGAGGAUGAUACUAUGGGUAUGGAAUCAGCUGGGAAAGCCAUUGUUCGACAACUUGGACAAGCAUGCAGGGAUCGUGUUCUGGCGGGUAUUUACUUAUCACGUUCAGAUAUUGCGCUCCAAGUUCGCCAAAUUGCAAGUCAUGUUUGGAAAAUAGUGGUGGCGAAUACUCCACGUACUUUAAAAGAAUUGAUGAAAACGCUGUUCGAAAUGUUGCUUUGUUGUUUGGCAAGCAGUAGUGAAGAUCGACAAAUGAUGGCUGGACGUUGUCUUGGAGAACUGGUGAAGAAAAUGGGUGAACGAAUAAUCAUUGAUGUGUUACCCGUUCUUGAACGUGGCCUUUCAUCUGAAUCAGUUGAACAACACAUUGGUGUUGCUACUGCUUUGCAUGAAAUUAUCGAGAAUUCUACAAGAGAUAUUGUAUUAAUGUAUUCGGCGCAGCUGGUGGGACCGAUCAAGAAAAUCAUCUGUGAUUCCAAUCUGUUAGUACGCCAAGCAGCUGCCAUUGCAUUUACAUCAUUUUAUCAGGCUGUUGGUUUCUCGGCGUUUGAGGAUAUUGUAGCGCCACUUCUAGAUGCAAAUGUGGUAUCCAACGAUAACGUAUUAGAUGGUCUUUCGCAAAUAAUGCGCCUGAAUGGAAGGCAAAUGUUACCUUAUGUUUUGCCGAAAUUAACUCGACCACCAGUAAAUGUUAAAGCAUUAUGUGCGCUAUCAGCAGUUGCUGGUGAUUCGCUUAGCCGAAAUAUUGCCAGAAUCUUGAAUUCCAUGUUAGAUGGUUGUACUACGGAUGAGAAAAUCAGUCAGUGUCUGGAAGUGAUUCUUUCCGUAUCAGACGCAGAUGGCAUUUCAGUCAUAAUUACUACUCUUUUGCAACGAGCACAAUCUUACAGUCAUAUUCCUUCAUCAACUUUAAUCCGUCUUUUUGCCAAAAAUGCACAAUUUGAUCUCAGCAAUUUUAUGGGCGAAAUUUUUUUUGGCACGUUGUUGCUUUAUAAUUCAGCAGUAAAUGAAGUGGUAGAAAAUGCAAUCGAAACGUUGGUGUACGUUUGUCAAAGUUUGGAUCAAAAGCAGAUGUUAUCUGUUUUGUUGAUCAUGAAGCAAGCCCUUUUAUCGUUGCAGAAAACUGCCGCUUCUUCUACCAUAGCAGGCUUUGCAUGCAGUAAGGGCCUUUCUUCUUUGCUGCCAAUUAUCCGAGAAGCAAUUCUAUCUGGUAGUGCGGAACUGAAGGAGCAAGCCGCUGAAACGCUUGGAACUAUUGUAUUAUUAAGUACAGCAGAUGCUCUGAAGCCUCAUGUCGUGAAUGUUACGGGUCCGCUAAUACGUGUUCUCGGUGAUCGAUAUUCGCACACUGUCAAAAUUUCUAUUCUUACAACACUUUCUCUGCUUAUGGAUAAGGUAGGUGUGCAGCUACGCCCCUUUUUACCACAACUUCAGAGUACUUUUUUGAAAGCUUUGCAAGACACAACUACACGCAAAGUACGACUUUGUGCGGGUGGUGCGUUAUCACGCUUAAUUAGCAUUCAUAUGAAACCCGAUUUGAUUGUAUUGGAACUUAUCAAAUAUUUAAAUGCCUCAGCAGAUUCUACGAUGAUCGAAACAACUUUGAUUGCACUGAGAGCAAUCUUAGUUCACGUUCAAUCAGAAGUUGUAAGUGAUAAUGUUCUUCAACAAGGCAUCAAAGUAGCGGAAAAACAUCAAGAAAACGAUGAAUCAGUGGUCGUAGUACAGGCUGCUUCUGCACUUCUUGGUGAACUUGCUCUGAAAAUGAAUCAACUUUCAAACAUAGUGAAUUUAAAUGAGAGUUGCCGUCGUUAUGCCGUCACUGUAACCUUGCAAUAUGCUUCUUGCACUGAUCCACAUGAAGUAUUAGAAGUGUAUGGUAUCGAAAAACUACGCCCUGCAUUUAUUAGUGCAAUACAGUGUGACAGACCAGAAAUUGCGUCAUCUGCUAUUCGAGCUGCAACGUCCAUACUUUUGUGUCAGGAAAUAAUAGAUUUGCCCCUAUUGUCAUCAGUUGUACGGGCGAUAAAUCAUCCUGUCAAUGAAGUGAAAUGUGUAUCAGCUCUAGGUAUUCACCAUAUUGCGUCAAGGAAACUAUCCAUAAAUGAAAUGAAGAUUAUUGUUCCGAUGAUGUUAAAUGGAAUAAAAGAAAGAAACAGUGCAGUUCGUGCUGCAUGUGAACAAGCACUUAUCGCAUUGUUCAGACUCAGGAAUGAGAAUCCUAGAUAUGAUGAUUACUUAUCUACAGUUGAAGGAGCAGCAAGAGAUGUACUUGCUGAUGCUUACAAGACAUUACAGAAAAUUUUGAAACAACCAGAUCCAGGACUGGAACUAUUAUCGGAUAUUGUAAAUGUGCCAUGAUACAUCAAGAUACAUGUAGCUUUGACUAUUUUUUUUUUCUAUUCCUUGAAUUCUUUUUUAUCCCUGCUAAAGAUUCGGAAAUUAAAUUUGACGUCACUUUUAAUUCUCAUCUGUUAUUGUUCGUUAGCAUUGUUAUUCCUCAUUUUGUUAAUAAAUAAGGAAAUAUGUGAUCUAUUUCACGAUUGUUGC